CGCCAGGUGCGCCCGCAGGUUCCAACUACUACGUGCGCAUCCUGAGCACCAUCGACCGCGAGCUGCUGAAGCCCAACGCCUCGGUGGCGCUGCACAAGCACAGCAACGCCCUGGUGGACGUCCUGCCGCCCGAGGCCGACAGCAGCAUCAUGAUGCUCACCUCAGACCAGAGGCCGGACGUGGUGGUCACUCCUUGGUCACUCCUUGGUGACCUCCAGGUGGCCUCAGCCGCGCGCUGUCCCCUCCCGCAGAUCGGCAUUGACCCCCCGCGGGGGGUGCUCAUGUACGGCCCCCCCGGCUGCGGCAAGACCAUGCUGGCCAAGGCCGUGGCGCACCACACCACCGCCGCCUUCAUCCGCGUGGUGGGCUCGGAGUUCGUGCAGAAGUACCUGGGCGAGGGCCCGCGCAUGGUGCGCGACGUCUUCCGCCUGGCCAAGGAGAACGCGCCCGCCAUCAUCUUCAUCGACGAGAUCGACGCCAUCGCCACCAAGCGCUUCGACGCCCAGACCGGGGCCGACCGCGAGGUCCAGCGGAUCCUCCUGGAGCUGCUCAACCAGAUGGACGGCUUCGACCAGAACGUCAACGUCAAGGUGAUCAUGGCCACGAACCGCGCGGACACGCUGGACCCGGCGCUGCUGCGGCCGGGCCGCCUGGACCGCAAGAUCGAGUUCCCGCUGCCCGACCGGCGCCAGAAGCGCCUCAUCUUCUCCACCAUCACCGGCAAGAUGAACCUGUCCGAGGAGGUGGACCUGGAGGACUGUAUCCACCUGGGGGCACACCUGGGCAUG